CCCAACAAUUUCAGGUUGAAAGAGAGAUGGCAAAGCUAGGUUUAAUGGCAAUGGUGGCGGUGGCACUUGCGCUGGUGGCUACAGCCGCGAUACUCGCCCGUGCUAAGACAGAUGACCCUGAGAAGGUCGACGCUUGGUUCAGUAGGCUAAGCCACGCCAAGCGCAAGACCACACGCCUUCACUUCUACUUUCACGACACACCCUCGGGCAAGAGUCCCACGGCGGUGCGCGUUGCCAAGGCAGCGAUGACCAAGAAGUCCUCGACAACGUUCGGGGCGGUCACCAUCAUCGACGACCCAUUGACCGAGGGGCCCGAGCCGGAGUCCCCCCUCUUGGGCCGGGCUCAGGGGUUCUAUGGUAAUGUUGGGCUCGAGUCGAUGGCCCUGCUCAUGAGCAUGAACCUCGUAUUCACAAGUCCGAAGUUCAACGGCAGCACUCUGAGCAUAUUGGGCCGCAAUCCAAUACUCGAGACCUAUCGGGAGAUGCCCAUUGUAGGUGGGACAGGGGUUUUUCGGCUGGCGAGCGGAAUAGCGACGGCGAAGACGUACUUUUUCAACUCCACCACGGGGGAUGCGGUAGUUGAAUAUAAUCUGAUAUAUAUGCAUUACUAAACACUUUGGACAUGUAAUGGCGCAUGUUGUAGUCCGCUUCUUCUUUCAUUUUGACCUUUUGGUUCUA